CUUGACAUGACAUGUUGGCGCGCAACAGUUGUCGACAGUUGUUGAUUACACAUUAAGAUCGUUAUUGCGAUACAUUAUUUAGAAAAUCUUAGUAUUUUUACUUAAUUACAUUGUGUAUUUCAUCACUUUUACUAAUACCAUUUGUGCCUAUAAUCUCAAAAGUGUUUAGCUUUAAUAAAAUACGUUAUAUCAUUUAUGAUACAAGAUGAGUAUCCAAACUACAAUUCCUUUUCCAGUAAAGAAAAAGUGUUCCUUUUAUUCUAAAAAAGAAAUUAAUUUGAUACAAGAAGACUUUGAAAAUGCUGCACUCAGAAGUACACCAAACAAUACUUAUACACCGACGACGAAAAAACUCAUGGAAUUAAGUAGCAGUGAUUCUGAAUCAGACUCUGACGUUGAAAAUUUCGAUACAAAACGUAAUGUAAAAGAAGCCAAAAAAAUUACUAAUGCUAGAACUCCAAAGUCUUCGAGAAAAACAAAAAUUGAUGACACAGACGCAUCGCCACCAAAGCAAAGUAAAUAUUCACCAACUACACCAUCGACGCUCAUGAGUAAUCUUAAGUUAAUUUCGUCUGCCAAGAAAGAAGGGAAAUUAUCACCAAAAAAAUUGUUUACACCUAAUAAAUAUUGUGAUGCACGAAAAGCAUUGCAUAGUGACAUUACUGAAAAUUUACCCGGUAGAGAAGCAGAAAUUGCUGAACUUGAAAAUUUUAUACAAACUCAUUUAACGAAACAAACAUCAGCAUCAUUGUACGUCUCUGGUCCUCCAGGAACUGGAAAAACAGCUUCUUUAUCGCAAAUUAUGUCACAACCAAAAUAUAAAUCUUCAUUCAAAACUGUUUACAUUAAUUGUACAACGACAAAAUCAGCAAGUGCAAUUUAUGGUAAAAUAAUCGAGGAACUUGACUUAUCAGUGACAAAAUCGACAAAAAAUAGUAAAAUUGUUAUUGAAAAAUAUUUAAAAGGUAAACACAAAAUGAUAUUGCUGAUACUUGAUGAAAUUGAUCAAUUGGAAACGAAGAAUCAAUCGGUUCUUUAUUCCAUAUUCGAGUGGCCCUCGAGGGCUGAAUCAAAAUUAAUUUUAGUCGGCAUUGCAAAUUCGUUGGAUUUAACUGACAGAUUAUUGCCGAGGUUAAAUGCAAAAUGUGAAUUAAAGCCAAAAUUAAUGCAUUUCGCAUCGUAUACAAAACAACAGAUUGAAAAUAUCAUUAUCGAAAGACUUAAAGAAGCUAAUGUUAUGGAUGUAUUUGCGCCAAAUGCGAUUAAAUUAUUAGCUGGUAAAGUUGCUGCUGUUUCGGGUGAUAUUAGACGUGCCUUGGACAUUAGUAGGCGUGUCAUUGAAUUAACAGAAUCGAAAAAAAUUCUCCAACCAACAAAUGACAAUGAUGCAAACGCACUGAAUGCAUUGAAAGCAAAUCCAAUAGACAAAGCCGCUGACAUGAAAGACGUACUCGACGUUUUGAAUACAGUUUUCGGUGGUGCCCAAACAAUGUCUCAGGAUUAUAUUUUUCCCGUUCAACAGAAAAUUGUCUUGUGCUCAUUGCUUCUUAUUCUGAAUAAAAACUCGAAUAAGGACGUCACUGUCGCCAGGUUACACGAGGUCUACAAGAAAGUUUGCAAGAAACAAAAAAUAAAUGACGUUGAUCUAUCAGAAUUUGUUGGAUUGUGUUCUCUAAUUGAAACACGAGGAAUAAUAAGAGUGGUUAAGAAAAAGCAAUUACGUUUAUCGAAAGUAAAUUUAGAAUGGAUGCAGAAAGAUGUUGAGGAUGAAUUAAAAGAUAAAGCAUUGUUGGCUGAAAUUAUAAAUGAUGUUUCCUGUUUAUGAAGAGUGACAUUUUAGCGUUUUUUGUAAAUUUCGAUUGUUAUUUUAAACAAAAGGGUGUUUUUUUUUCUUCAACUAGAUAGAUUGAACUUACUACUACACAAGUAUUGUUUUUUUACUAAACCACAUUGAGUACUUGACUUGGAUUAAGUAUUCAUUUCUUUGUAAUUUAAAAUACGGUUAAUAGUUUCUACAAUUAUAUAUUUAUAUACCAUCGACAUCGGUAUAUUUUUAAUGUGAGUUUUAGACUGAUAUUUGUUUAAGAACAGUGUAGUAAAAACAUAAAUAUGAUAAUUAAAUGCCUGUAAAUUAUUUAUAUUUUGCCGAAUUAUUGAAAGUUUCAUAAAAAUUUUUAAAUAUUAA